AUGUUCAGCCUCUUCACCCUCUGCCACCUCGCCGCCACGUCUCCGCACAAGACGGUUUGCGACGGACGAGCGUGCCGUCCGGGCGAGGGAAAUGCCCAGGGCAUCACACACGGCUCAAACCCAUACGAUAUCCGAGGCGGGUCCCUCAAGUUGAACCCUCACGAGCCGGACCCCGCCUCGCCGCUGUACGCACCGCUCGCGGCCGCGGCGAAAGAUGCUGCUUCCAAAGGACUAGUGUACAUGUGCGCCGCCGAUUAUGACUUCCGCGAGAUCGCGAGCAAUUGGAUGCGAGCAUUCGUGAGGCUCGGCCUAAAGAAUGCUCUCGUGUACGCUCUCGACGCCGAGGCGCACGCGCACCUGACAGCGCGAGGCGUUCGCAGCGUCGACGGCUCGCUUGCCAUGGCCGACUUCAAUCGCACGCGGCUGGCGAGGCACAUUCAGCGAGCAGAGGCGGAGCGGCACCUCGCCGCCGCCGCCGUGGCGGCGAGCGGCGUCGACGUGCUCCUGAUGGACUGCUCUCAC